AUGAUAAUAGACAUUGCAACCUCCCGAACACCCCCAACCGACCCGACGAGUACCUUCCGAAAGCUGAUCAUCCUGGGCCUCACCUCGACAACACUCGCACUGCUCAGCCAGGCAUGGAGCAAGACGUCCUUCGCCAUGACCCUGCUCGGAAUUACGAAGAAGAGAGAUUGGGUCACAUACUUCCUUUGGUUUGCUAUUUUCAGCAUGAACAUCUCCUUCGUGUUGGCGGGGAUCUUGUUCUGGGUCCAGUGCACUCCUCUCGAGGGGUUAUGGAACCCCUCUAUUCAGGCCAAGUGUUUAGAUCCAUCCAUUAACAUUAUAUAUGGGGUGGCGAUCAGUGCGUACUCGGGUAUUUUGGAUCUGGCCUUUGCCGUCCUGCCGUGGAAGAUUCUUAUGCCUCUAAACCUGAACACGAAGGAGAAGAUAGGAUGUGCUAUUGCAAUGAGCAUGGGCGUCUUUGCUGCUAUGGCUGCCUUCAUCAAGUGCUCAAAGUUUCCUUCAAUCGCCCCUGGAAGUACAGGAGACAGUAUGCAGCUUGCCAUCUGGGGCGUUGCCGAGCCCGCUAUUACCAUCAUAGCCGCUUCCAUGCCAACCCUACGACUCUUCGUGCGCAGAAUAACUGGUCCGAAGGACUUUGACAUGGAAGAGGGCAGGGCAGCAGAUGAGAUUGGGCUUCAAGAAAUGCCCGCCCGUGGCAACACUCGCCAUGGUAACACACCAUCCCACGAAUCUCAAGGACAUCCUUAG